CAGAUGCUCAUUGGGUUCACAUGCAAAGUAUGCGAAGAGCGAUCACACCAUGUCAUGUCCAAAAUCGCAUACACACGUGGCGUCGUCUUGAUUCAAUGUCCCGGUUGCAAAAACCGACACUUGAUUGCCGAUAAUCUAGGCUGGUUCCGUGAUGGCAAAACAACGAUUGAGGAUCUCGUGAAAGAAAAAGGAGAAGGCAUCCGCAAA